AUGAAGUCAGGAGCAGUAGCUGGGAGAAAGCGAAAAUCCGAGAAGGAGGCCAAACAUGCAACGGCCGAUCAAAUGAGCAGCGCGCACACACCUAAGCGGCAACGCCAAGAGAAAGCAGUCGAGAAUACGCCGCCAACAAGCUCCGAAGACAGGUCUAAUGGAUCGGACAAGAGCCUGAAGGCAAGAGUCGACAAUGUGUUAUCGAAAUACGGGGAGCCACCUCUGAAGGGACUGGUCCAUGAGAAGCUGCCGGCAAGCCAGUUCGUCCUGGCACACAUCCUCAACGCAUUGCUUUCCUCAACUCGGAUCUCUCACACUCUCGCCGCCAAGACGUUAUCAUGUCUCGUUGACGAGAACUAUCAUGACAUUCAUGUUCUACACAAGACUUCUUGGCAGGAAAGGACGGAAGUCUUGACAGCUGGAGGCUUCACUCACUACAGAGAGAAGACAGCAACUUAUCUGGGGGACCUGGCUGAGCUCAUCAAGACCAAGUAUGAUGAUGAUGCAUCUGAGUUGCUUCCUUAUCCGUCAAAGCAGCCUGAGGCUGAAAUGAACAAGGAAGGCUCAGUCACACUCCUCAAAACCCGUUUGGAGGAGAUCAAGGGUUUGGGCCCCAUGGGCAUCGAUAUAUUUCUCGGUUCUAUCCAGGGCUUCUUUGCUUACGUUGCGCCAUUUCUUGACUCAAGGAGCCGCGAGACAGCUAACGCAAUUGGUCUUGGUGACGAGGUGGAUGGUCUCUACGCAGCUGUCGAUGGCGAUGCGUCUAGGAUGGCAGAACUGCAAGUUGCUUUGACGACUAUACGUCUAGAGAAACUCGAAAAUGAGUUUGCAUAA